AUUAAUUGUGACAUUUGUGACUCACCCUCCUCAGCAUUUUUCUUGUGUAUUAGUUGUUUGUUUUACUGUGGUUUUGCCUGUAAUUUCUCGAAUUUUCAGUGAUUUUACUUGUGGCUGACGUUUUUGACCAGCUAAUUGUUCAACAAAUACGAUUAAAUUUGGAGGAAUUUAGUCUUCGACGAUGGAGGCAGCCCCUCGUCUGCCCAUGAUCAGCUUCGAGCUUUUCACCUCCCGAGAAAGUGUGCAGUUCGGGAAGAAGCUGAAACCUUACAUUGCAAAUUUCUAUAAUGAAGACCCAGAAUCCUACAUAACAGAGAUAAAUAAACUUGACACUCUACGAGCAAGUGCUACUCAUCCUAGCAUGGACGUUGCUGGCCUUCAGCAAUUGAAAAAAUACUAUUGUCAGCUACAUUUCCUAAAAUCCAGAUUCCCCAUGGAACCUGGCCAGCCAUGUUUUAUUGAGUUUGAAUGGAAAGAUUCUUUGAACAUCUCUUGUAUUGGAGGUAUAAAUUUUGAAUUGAUGGCUAUUUUACACAACAUCGGAGUGUUACACACAAUUUUGGGUGGCCUAGACUCACGCUCAAAUCCUGAAGGCAUGAAAUUGGCCUGUUCCCAUUUCCAGUGCGCUGUAUGGGCUUUCCAGACCCUCAAAGAAAAAUAUUCCGACACAGUUUCUGAAAUAUGCCCCUUGGAGGUGCCCCAUUUCUAUAAGCAAGUUUGCCUGGCCCAAGCACAGGAAUGCAUUUUGGAAAAGAGCAUGUUGGAUAACAGAAAAUCAACCAUCAUUUCUAAAGUUGCAGUUCAGGUCUGGGACUUUUACAGACAAGCCCUAGCAGGUCUAAAGGCAAUAGAUAACGAUUUGGUGGGGCGUAAUAAGUACAUCAAAGAAUGGGCCAAAUAUUUACAGUUUAAAAUAGCUUACCACAGGUGCAUUUCGUUACUAUUCCAAGGGCAACAAGCUGAGGAAUUGCAAAAAAUGGGCGAGAGAGUUGCUUUUUAUCAAGGGGCUUUAGAUCAUUUACAAGAGGCUUAUAAGUGCCUUAGCAGUAAACAGUCAAAAGAAUUAGCAGACGCUCUAGCUUUCACUACAGAUGUGGUUGAAGGUAAAAGGAAAGCUGCAAAAAAUGAAAACGAAUACAUUUAUCAUGAAGAAGUUCCCGACUUGACAAAUUUACAGGAAGCUAAAGGGGCAUCAUUGGUAAAAGGAAUCGAGUUCAGUGUUAAUGAUCCAGAGGUGUCAGGACCUGAUAUUUUUGCAAGAUUAGUUCCAAUGGAAGCUCAUGAAGCCGCCUCAGUAUACAGUGAAAAGAAGGCUGAAGUUUUAAGAAAUAUUGGACAAAGAGUUGAAAUCAAAGACCAAGCUUUAGUGGAGUUUAUGUCUUCAAUGCAGCUGGACAUGCUCACUAAGAUGCAUCAAGCCACAGGUAUUCCUCAAGAACUAAUUGACAGAGCUGCUUCGUUGUCAGCUAAACCUUCAGCCACCCAAGCCUUAGUGGAUUCUAUGGCUUGGCUUUCAAAUAUUUACCAUGAUGUAGAAGCAAAUUUGAAUGAAAUUGACGCCCUUCUCAAAGAAGAAGAAGACAAUGAGAAAAAUUACCAAGAAAUCAUGGGUAAAAGACCUCCUAGCAUAAUAACAACUGACUUAGCAAGGGAGGCCUUUAAAUACAAAGAAGCUCACAGUAAGGCCAAGGAAUCCAAUGAAACUUUAAGUAAAGCCAUGAUGACGCAUUUGGAGAAUCUGAAGAUUCUUCAAAGGCCUAUUAGGGAGCUGCAGAAAAAAUUACCAAGUGUGGAGCUGCCUGAUCCUAACAUUGAUCAAGAAACUUUGAAGGAAUUGGAAUUAUUGAACUCGAAAGUGGAUGAAAUGAAGUCUCAAAGGGCCAUGUUGUGGGCCCAGCUAAGGGACUCUAUACACAAUGAUGAUAUCACUAAUGCUUUGGUUACUAAACAGCCAAAUCAGUCUUUGGAUGAUGUUUUUGGUAGUCAACUGGAGAAACAUGGACAUUUGAUUGAAAUCUUAGACCAGAAUCUCAAUGCUCAAGACAACAUCAAAAAAGCUUUUGUAGAUUGCUAUGCAAGAGCAGUAAACACCCGCCGGUACAUCCAAGACAUAAUCCAAAAGCGAAACUCUACAAUACAAGCCCUAAUGGCUUCCCACGAUUCCUAUGAUGAUCUGUUGGCCAAGGCCACAAAAGGAAUUGAAUUUUACACCAAAUUAGAAGGAAAUGUCUCUAAAUUGCUUCAAAGAAUCAAAAGCGCUAGCAAGGUCCAGCAAGAAGAGAGAGAACAAAUGUUAGCCAAGAAUGUUACUACAAAAAAGACAUCAGAUGUUGACAUAACUUCUGUUGGAAAUGUUGCUUCAGCCCCAAAACUCAAAGAUUAUUUGGAGGCUAGAAAAAAAGCUGCAAGCUAUAGUUAUCCUGUCGAUAACACUCAAAACUGGCCCCCUGGUGUAAGACCCGCUCCUGUAGGCUCUGAAAUCAAUACUGAUCCUACAAUAAGAAUGCCGAAUGAGGCUUAUUACCAGCAAACGCAGCCUCAAAAUUAUCCUCCAACCAAUAAUUAUGACACAUUGAAUAGUAUGACUAGCCAAAUGGCAGCCUUGUUACGAAAACAAGAUCCAGUAUAUUCCUAUAGCAGCUACACUCCUCAAAAUUACACUCCAGCUUCUUAUAGCUAUGCUUCUCAACAUUAUACGGAUGUCCAAAGCGUGCAAAGUCCAAUCAAUGAGGCUAGUAAGGCUUCAACAUUAACUACCAAUACUUAUAAUCAGAUCAUUCCCAGCUUGACGCCUGGGCAACAGCAACAAUAUUCAAACAAUGGACAGUACUUGCCUUCAGGAAAUUAUGCGCAAAAUUCUCAGAUGCAGUAUCCACAAAGUCAAACUCAACAGUAUCCGCAACAGCAGCUGUAUUCUCAAAGUCAAACUCCCCAACAACAGCAGUAUUCUCAAAGUCAGACUCCUCAGCAGCAGCAGCAGUAUCCCCAAAGCGAAACUCCCCAGCAACAAAAGCAAUAUCCUCAAAGUCAAACUCCUCAACAAUAUACUCAGACACAGCAGUAUCCUCGAACUCAGACGCCUCAACAGCAACAAUAUCCUCAAACAGAAUAUAAUCAAAAUCGAUAUGUAUUUGGACAGCAGACUUCUCAGUAUCCUCAAAGUCAAAGUAGUUCUCAUACACCUUCAGCUGGAUAUACACAGGCUUCUGAAUAUACUUCUUUGGGCUAUGGACAGCCAUAUGGUGCUGCUCAAAGCGUGCCUUCUUCUCAAGCUGGAGGGUCACAGGAAGCUUCUAUGGGAAGUGUACAGCCUGGAAUUCAGGGCGCUGAAGCUCAGAAUACUGGUCUCCACCAUGGAGAUUCCUUAUCAGCCUAUGCCCAGUACCAAGCCACCCAAACAAGCAACGCUCAGCAAACCUACUUUCCGCAAGGCUACGCUCCAAACUACACCAACCCUUCCAGUGUAUUGUCUCAAAACACUUUCGACAUGCUCCAGUACCAGCAACAAUACUACACGCAGCGGCAUUCCUCGUCAGUGGCUCAAGACUUAACCAAAAUGUACUCCACGUAUUCUUCACCUACUAGCGAUGCUUAUAAAAUACAACCCAACUUGGUGGGUGGUAGUUAUAUUAUGUCGACUGCAACAACGCAGAGUGGUCAGAUGGCAACAUCUACUGGCGCUAGUACCACCCCCACUGGGACAGUACCAACUGCCCAAUCAUCCUACUAUCCUUACGGUAGCGUUUAUGGGUACCAGAACCAAGGGACCUGUGGAAAUACUAUGGCAUACCCUUCUCAAAUUGGUGCUACUUCCGUGGCAUCUCAGCAAGUUGCAACCGCUACAUCGAAGGAGUCAAAUGUUGAUUUAUUGACAGGUUUGGAUUUUUCCGCAACUAGUAACAACAUUCCCACUCUGACACCUCAGGCAAAUGUGGUGCCUGAAACCCAAAAAGAACCAGAAAGACCCAAGAUUGUUGAAGUGAAACCAGCUCAGCCAAGUCUAAAAACUUCUGAAAGUUUAGUGGCGCCAUCCCCUAAGAAGAAUAAUAUUAGGGUGUUGCCUAGCAAGCCUUUGAACAAUAGUGAGGUCAAAUCUCUCUUCAAUCAAGAAUUGGAAAAAUUUGAAAAAUACGUCGAAACCUUAACAACCAAAACUCUAAGCGGUCCAACAAUGUUGGAUGUAAAAUGGAAAGAAAUCCAAGACAACCAAGAAUUGGACAACCAAAAAAAAAUUAUAUCCAUUGCCAGGUGUUAUCCAAUGAAAAACCGUUGCCCAGAUAUUUUACCUUACGACUAUAGCCGAGUGGAACUUCGGACUACAAAAGACGAUUACAUUAAUGCCUCGUUUGUACAACAAAUAUGUCUGUUUGGUCCCGAGUUUAUAGUGACUCAAGCGCCACUAGCAUCGAGUUUUGGAGACUUUUGGGCUAUGGUGCGUGAACAACAAGUGGAACUGAUAUUUUGCCUUUUGAAUGACAAUGAGAUUGGUGAUGAUAUUUAUUGGCCCAAAGAAAAAGGCCAAAACUUGACGAUCCUCAAUCAAAACUUGGUGAUAUCGCUGCAAAGUGUGAUAGUAAAAACUCAUUGGACUGAAAGGAUAAUUUCUUUGAGUUGUCCUGAAAAGAAAGAGUCGUGGGUGGUGGUGCAUUUGCAGUUUACUUCCUGGCCAGGAAGCUUAUUUCCAACAACCCCUGAGCCAUUCAUCAGCUACAUUCUAGAACUAAUAACUCUGUUCCAACAACAAAAAUCCAUCAGCCAUCCCUUGUUAGUUCACUGCUCUUCGGGGAUUGGUAGAAGUGGACUAACAUGUCUGCUAACUAACGCCAUUCUAGAAGUAACCAACCAAUCAACAUCGAUUCCAGAUUUGGCACUGAUGAGUGCUAAGUUAGGAAAUUUCAGGAAGAAUAUUUUGAGGGACAGAGAGCAUUUGAAGUUUGCCUAUGAGGCUUUGUUGGGUUACAUGAAGCAGAUGCUUUUGCAGGAUAAUUUGAAGAAAAAGUUGAGUGAAGUUGUUCCAGUGAAUGAGGAGGAAAAUAAAGUCAAUGUUGUGGAGGCGCAGGAAAAUAUUAUUGACCCUUUGAGUACUUUAGAUCCUUUUUGGGCAAGUAAAAAGUAGUUAUUUAAAUCUUCUUUUUCUUUAGGCUGAUUAGAUAGUAUCUUUUUAUCAUGGAUAAUAUGUAUUAUUGUAAAAAAAUUAAAUAUUUUAUUGUUGAACACUAUUAUUUAUAUGAAAUAAAUGGAAUAUAUAAAAUG